AUGGAUAAAUCUGCAUAUGGUUUCUUAUUCUCAUCAAAGUUAUGUAUGACGAAUAGUUCAGCUUUUGGAGGAUUUAGCAAAUUUACAUCAAAUGGAAACAAGGGGUUUUAUGAAGUAGAAUCAGCUAAUAGAGAUUCUUUUGGAAAACAACCAAUAGUAAAUGAAGUUACUAUGAAGUCAAAGUCAAUUGUAGGUAAAACAGAUGUAUGUUUGGGAACAUCUUUAGACAAUAUAAAUGACAAUAAUUAUAGAUCUAGACCAUAUGAAGCCACACCUACAGAUAGUACCUUUGUUCAAUCUUUGUCUUUCUUUCUUACUCAAAUAGCAACAGCUAAUUCAUCUAACUCUAGUUAUGAUAUUGGAAUGUUAACUCCAUUUCAUGCUGUAUGUGUUCCAUCCAUUCCUAUAAGAGCCUACUUAAUGCGGAUAGCUCAUCACUUUGGUUGUAGCAAUGAAUGCUUUGUUUUAGCUUUAAUUUAUAUUGGAAGAAUUAUAAAAGUAAAUAGAAAUUUUACACUAUCUUUAUUGAAUGUUCAUCGUGUAAUUGUGACUGCAUUGAUGCUUGCAACGAAGUUUUUUGAUGAUGUCUACUAUUCCAAUGCUUUCUAUGCUCGCAUCUCUGGUGUUGGGACAAAAGAACUUAACUCAUUAGAGAUCCACUUCUUGCGUCUUGUGAGGUUUCAGCUAUUUGUUACUAUACAAGAAUAUGAAGCUUGUAGGAGUUGUGUAAUGAGAGCAGCUGAAGCUGUAGCUACUGCUUCCAUUUUACCCUCAAUGAUUAUGCAACCUUGUGAUAUGAACAAUCUCAACUCUACUUUUGGAAUAAAUUCUAACAUUACUAACAAUACACUAUUUAAUGAGUAUACCUGUUCUUGCUCCUCAAACUCAUGUUAUUGUGGUUUUGGAACAAAUAGAAUUAGUUUUAAUACAAACAUAAAUGGUCAUGUAACAAACCCUGCUACAUCUUUAUCAAAUUCCCAAGUAAUUACCCCAGAGUCUACAGCUCCUAGCAGCAACAAUAGUUUUAUAGCACCUGAUCCUUACUUUCCCUGUUGUACUAAGUUUAAUUCAGUACAUGAUAAAAAUCAACAUGGUUAUAUUGAGCCUGUACAAUUAAGUUCUAUAUGUCAUUCUAGUUCUAAUGGGUGUUAUGGAGGCUCUGAUCAAACUCGGGUUAAUUAUGGAAAUACAUAUCAAAUAAAUCAAGUACAUAUCCAGGGGAAUUUUUCUAACAACUUUAAUACCUCACUGAAUUAUUCAGGAGGAAGUGUCCAUGUAUAUUCAAAUAAUAAUAAGGGACUAGUUAAUCAGCAUUCUCAGCAUUCUUGGCAGAAUGCAAGCCGACCUUAUUCUGCUCCCCAAAGUACAAUAAAUAUCAAUACUAAUAGUAAUAACAACUUCAAUAUAAAUGGCUGUAAACAAAUAUCUAAUAGUGUAAAUUUAGCAAACUUUAAGGAAACUCAUCAUUCAAUAUGUGGAGUUAAUAAUCAAAGUCGUCCUAAUAUCUCGUCACAGAUAACUUGUCAGGAUACAGUAGCUAUGAGUGAUAGCUCGAUUCACUCCAAUAGAAAUCGUAUAUAUAAUAUUUCAGAUGGUCAAAUUUCCUCUGCAAUAUCUAGUAUUGUAAAUACAGAUGUACCUAUAUCACCAGAAGAUUUGACAAGUUCUCUAACACAAGAUAUGGCCAUUAAGACGUACAAUCUAUACUAUUCUACACUCCUUGAUAACAGGCUAAUUGCUUGA